AUGCUGAAAAGCAUGCCAGUAUGGGCAGUGAUGAUUGCACAUUUUUGUCAAAAUUGGGGCUUCUACACGAUGCUCACACAUCUGCCGAGAGUGCUCAAAGAACUGGCGAACUAUGAAUUAGAAAAGGCUGGUUUCGUUGCCGGAUUACCGUAUUUGAUGAUGGGAUGCACGUUGGUUUGGGGAGGACAACUGGCCGACUAUCUUCGAAAAGAGCGCAGCAUCGACACAUUGACAGUUCGACGACGCUUCUGCGUCGCAGGUUUUGCUGGUCAAGCUAUAUUUCUCGCAUUGGCGUCUGUGACGUCAUCACCACCGUUUCUUGUUGCGUACCUCUCAAUAUCCAUUGGACUGGGAGGUAUUUGUUGGGCGGGAUUUUCCGUUAAUCAUCUGGAUCUUGCACCACAGUUUGCUGGUCAUCUGAUGGGAAUUUCGAACACUUUGGCUACUUUGCCUGGAAUGCUUUGUCCACUAAUCGUGGGGUAUAUUGUUACAACUGGUAGUGCCACUGAAUGGAACAUCAUCUUCUAUUCAACAGCAGCAAUCUACGGUUUGGGAGGAGCUUUCUUCUGGAAAUUCGCCUCAGGCGACCUACAACCGUGGGCCGGCGAACAAGUGCCGUUUAUCGGCGAAUUACACUGA